AUGGAAAAAACGGCGAUGUGGAUAAAAAUUGAAAUUGGCAAAGAACUUAAUAAAUGUGAUAAUGAGUUAAUGAGAAAAGAAUUAAAAGAAAGCUACAGAAAAAGCAAAAGUAGUGAAACAAAAAUACUAGAUGAUGAAAUCAAAUUUGGAAUACUUCUUCCGAUUACAUCUCGUGGGCUAGAAAGCCCUGAAGAUUAUCUUUAUAACCUGAACAAUUUCGCAAAAAGUGUUUAUGAAACAACGCAGAUGGAUAUUAUGGGUAUGAACGGUAUUAAAUUUUCACUAAAGUUUUUUAUAGGAAUUGAUAAAGAUAAAACUUUAUUCCAUCCUAAAGAGAAUAAUGUUGCAGAACAAAUACUUAAGGAACACGGAUUUAUGAAUGUAGAAACACGCGAGUUUGAUCUGCAUCCUGGAUCUAUAUGUAGAAUCUGGAACGAUUUAGCAAUAGAUGCAUAUAAUCAGAUGUGUGAUUAUAUAGUUCUUUUUAGUGAUGACAUUUUAAUUGAAAGCACAAAUUGGAUGUUAAAAACUCACCAAGAAUUUAUGACAAUUUCAAAUGAGAAAAAAGUUCCACGCGGUUUUGGAACUGUUGCAUUUACUGAAUUAACGUUUCCAGGAUUUUCAACAUUUCCUAUAAUAUCACGGAUUCAUAUUGAUAUAUUUGAAAGUAAACCAUUUCCCCAAAUCUUUACAAACCAGGAUGUGGGCUCAUAUAUUUUUCAAUUAUAUCGCCGGUUUGGCUGCUCAGUUAUAUCAAAAAAACUCAAACUCAUGAAUCUUAAAGGAGGCAGUAAAAAACCACAUUAUAAAAGAACGUCUCACGACUGGAGUUUUUCCAUUUUGGAUGAUGCUGUAUUAUCUGUUGAAAAGUGGAUGCAUAAUACAAUCAAAAACCCUAUUCCGAAACUCAUCACGCUAGAUGUAGUUGUGCCAACAUAUAGGGUUCAAAUGGAAUAUUUAAAGCCUAUACUCCAGCUUAAAGGAUCUAAAACUGCGUCCACCUCGAUAGUAAUAAUUGUAGAUAACCCAAACUCAAAUAUUAGUGAUCUAAAAAAAUUUGAAAAUAAUGCAUUCGUUCGCAUUCAUGUACAUGAAAAAAAUCUUGGAGCUAGCGAAGCUAGAAACAGUGGAUUAUUAGAAUCAUGCGCAGAUUACGUUUUAUUUCUUGACGAUGACGUAAUUCCUGAGUCGGAUAUUUUAAUAGAAGCAGAGAAAGUAAUCCGAAAGUAUCCAAAAGCUUGUGGAUUCGUCGGAUGUACUAAAUUCCCUGAUCCAAAAUCUAUUUUUACAAAUGCUGUAAAAAUGUCAGGAAUUACCUCUUUUUUUGACAUUGCUGAGAAAAUAGAGGAAAACAUUCCAUGGGGUGUAACUGCAAACUUAUUAGUUCGUCGUUACAAAGAUGAUAUAACAUUUAAUUCUAUAUUCCCGAAAACAGGAGGUGGUGAGGACAUUGAUUAUUGUCUGCAAAAAAGUAAAUUUUUUACACAAAAUAUUCAAAAUGGAGAGGGUUUUAGAGGUGCACCUUCAAUAAAAGCGGUGCACCCCUGGUGGAAUGAUGGGAAAAGAUCAUAUUCUAAGUUUGCUAAAUGGGCAUAUGGUGAUGGACAAUUAAUUAAAAUGUAUCCAGAAUACAGAUAUAAAGACAGUUUCCCAAAUAGAGCAGAACUUUUAUUAUUACUUUCAUCGUUUCUUUUAAUUUUCCUUUUGAUGAAAAUAUUGAUGAACAAUCCAAUAUUAAAUGAUCUGACGCUCAUAACAGCUAUAGCAAUUCCCUUAGUAAUUUUUGCAAGUAUGAUCUUUGAUAUUAUUGUCUUCGUUAUAAUAGAACCUGAAUCUUAUGUUCCGGAAUUAAAAGGAUAUCGUCGCAUAAUUGCGGCGUCGGAAGCAGCAUUUAUACAAAUCGUUAGUGAAUCAGGGAGGCUCUGUGGAAAAUUAUGUAGAAAAGAGUGGUGUUAUAUUGGAUGGAGGUUCGAUUGGUUUGCUAAUAGACUUGAUGAUAUUAAAAUCGCAAAAAGAUCAUCGAUGAUGAGAUUUAAUAUAUGGGCAAUCUUGGUUCUCAUUGCGCUUCCUUAUAUAAGGUUUAAUACUCAUAAAUCAGAAGAUUGUUAA